GCAAUUUCACCUUCAAAACUAGCAGUUCUUCAUGCGUAUCGCAACUUGUUGAAAACACAGAAAGAAGUGUUUUGUGCUGAUACGAAAGCGAUACAAGCUGCUAAAAAAGAGACACAUGCUAGAUUUAUGCAGUUCAAGGAUGAGACCAAUACAGACGUUCUUGAGGAGAAACUAAAAUUAGCUGGACAAGUAGCAACUUUAUUGAAGAGAAAUGUGAUCCAAGCUGUAGAGAAAGAUGAGAAUCUCUUCAAACUGAGAAUUACAAAAGACACAGAAUUAGGCGACAACGACAGUAUUAAAAAUUCCAAGAAUAUUCAUCGUAAAAAAAAG